AUGGACUUCUUAACCAGUGUGGUUUUACUUGUGGCCAUUUCCAAUGCAUUUGAAUUUGGACUCGUUGCUGGGACAGGCCGCCGUGAGCUGGCUGUUCCGUCUCCAAGAGACCUCGACGUCAGAGAUAACGACAUUCGGGACCAGGAAGAACCUGCAGUGCGCCCUCGCUCUCUCCAGCUUGUGCCUUCCGUGGGGAUACAGAGCAAUAAGUUGCUUAAUAAAACUUGCUGUCUGAAUGGGGGGACCUGCAUCCUGGGGUCCUUCUGUGCCUGUCCCCCUUCCUUCUACGGACGCAACUGUGAACACGAUGUACGCAAAGAGCACUGUGGGUCCGUCCUCCAUGGCGCCUGGCUGCCCAAGAAGUGCUCCCUGUGCAGGUGCUGGCACGGCCAGCUCCACUGUUUUCCUCAGACCUUUCUACCUGGCUGUGAUGGUUACGUGAUGGACCAAGACCUCCAGGCAUCCAGGACUCCACGCCAAACACCGUCCGUGCCAACCACUGGUAUGCUGGCUGGCGUCUGCCUUUUCCUAGAAAUGAAAGUAUAG